AUGCCUGUUGAGCCUACUGCAAAAUCUCGUGUUGUCCGCGCUCGGGACCGUGAUCCCACUGAGGCACGUGCUAAAGCUGCUACCCGCGUGAAGCCUGGCCCAAAGCUUAACGGAACCCAUCGCUCAUCUGCUAUUCUGGGGCAGGAAGGGCGCAAAAAUCUCACAAAUUAUGACUGGCUGCAGGUUAUCCAGUAUGCUGAGAAAAAUCCGGGGACAAAGCAGAAAGCUGUCAUGGAAUUCUUUGCCUCGAGAUCUAAUGCCGAGGGAGGGAAGCUAUUCUUCACCCAGGGCGCACUUUCAAAACACCUCAAUCCGGAGAAGAAGGCUGCCCUUCUAAAACUUGCUGCUGAAAACUCUGCCGCACUUUCGCUCAAGCGUGAGCGCGUUGUCACUUCACCCGAAGUUGAUCGGGGCCUUGGUCUCUGGGCACUUGAUAUGGAACAAAAGAAUCGUGCUGUGACAGGUGCCAUGUUGAUCGAGCAACGGAAGAGGCUCGAGAUUGCUCUGAAUGUUCCUGAAGAGCGUCGCCUGAGAGGAACAGGAUGGCUCGAGUCGUUCAAGAAAGCUCAUGGUCUGUCUGAGAGACGCAGACACGGCGAGGCUGGCUCUGUUGAUCUGGCAGCUGUUGAAGUUGAACGCAAGCGCUUGGUUAGACUCACCUCCCGUUACGCCCCCGAGAACAUCUGGAAUGCGGAUGAGACCACUCAUUAUCGCCGCGCAUUGGCCAUCCGAGCACUCGAUCUCUAUCAGUCCAAUGAUCCUCAGCCUUUCAAGAUUGAUAUUCUCAGUGGUAUGCGAAUGCUAGAGAAUGCGUGGAAUCAUGUCACGCCUUCAACCAUUGCCAAUUGCUGGACUCACACCAAAAUCACACCCAAGGAAACGGACGAAUGGGAAGAAAUCUUUGUUGAUCCCAAUGCGCCUGACAGUUCCGACUCUGAGUCCGAGGAACCUAAAAUGGACAAGCCAGCAGCGUCGCCAGAGAAGCCGGCAUCAGCAAAGGCCAACAGUGAUGCCUGGGAUGUGAUCUUGGAAUUCGCAACAACCGAAAUGUCGUUACCACAAGCAGAACAUGGGCUUGAACGCGUUCUUGGCACGGAUUACUAUCCCAAGGACUGGAAUGCGCCUCUUGACGCUGUCAUGGCCUGCGAAGGCGAUUCAAUCAAGGCUGAGCUUGCCGUUCGGGAUCUCAUGGCCGCUCAGACUGAAGCUGCUGCCAAGGAGCCGGGAUCCAGUGUUCUCGGCUUUGCGGAUGGAGACAACACAAAUGAGAUCAUUCAACACAUGCGCAGGGUUGAUCAGGAGGAGCUCGAGGCCGAGAUCGAGGAGGAGGAGGAGCCCGAAUUCUCGUUUGAUAAGAAGGAAGCCAUCGCGGCAAUAAAGCUCCUGGAGCAGAUCGCUCGACACCGACCUGAUCUCGACUCGACGCUGACCCUUGGCCCUCAACUUCGUAAAAUGCACGUUGGGCUCACCAAGGAGAUUGAACAGGGCAAGAAACAGACGGAACUCAGUCAGUACUUCAAGUAG